AAUAACCCACUUUUAGUUCUAUUACUCUCCAUUCUUUAUUAAUUAAAGUUCAUUAUCACAUGAAAAUUCCUUCAUUUUAAGCCUUUUUAUAGUUCCUCACAUGAUAAAACAAAAUCUCUAUUUAUGUAUUAAUUGAGUAACUUUUUCUAUACAUUUUGUUGACUACUGGUCUAUAUAGGAGGAAAUGUGUGUUGUUCAAUCAUUCUAUUUUUUUUAUCUAUUUUGCCUUUCCCAAUAAAAGAAUAUGACAUUCAGCUUUUCCUCUCUAUAUCUCUCUCUGUUUAGUCUAUAUUAUGCAUAUCUGAGGAUAUAAUAUAUAGUGUAUAUAUCAGAUUUAGCUUCUCUGAUUUGUUAUUGUGGAAAAUAUAUAAAUAUUAUUUGGUAGAGAUUAUGGGUAAGGUUAGUUUUGGAAAAGUAUUGGAUUGCCUUUGUGUUACUACAAGAUCAACUUCUUCAUGUUUCUGCAUGAAUUACUUCGAGGAAAUUAAUGAAAAUGAAGAGUUUGAGAAAAAACCUCUUAUAGCAAGUCAAAAUGGUGAUGGUCAUGGUGAGGUGCUGAGAUUGAAAGAUGUUGUUUCUGCCAAGCAAACUUUGGCUUUUCAACUGAAGCCUAAGAUAGUGGUGCUUAGAGUUUCUAUGCACUGCAUUGGCUGUGCAAGGAAGGUUGAGAAACAUGUUUCCAAGUUGGAAGGAGUGAGCUCAUACAAAGUAGACCUGGAAAGCAAGAUGGUGGUUGUAAUUGGAGACAUUAUUCCUUGUGAAGUGCUACAAAGUGUUUCCAAAGUUAAAUUUGCUCAGCUUUGGAAUUCUCAAUCCUAAACUUUUGUGUGUAUCCAAAUAUGCAUUCCACCUCAUCAACAUAUUGUACUCCUAUAAUUUUCAUUUAAUUUUUUUUAAGUGCUAAGUUAAAUGUAUAUAUAACUUAUUACUAUAUGUAUGGAUUGUUUGUAACAUAUGUUUAAGUUCCCCAUCUCUUGUCUCUAAUAUAUAUGUUUUUUAACUUA